AGACAUAGAACGUCGACCAUGAUGAAGAAAAUGAAGCAGCAAAUCGCCAUGCCGUACCAGCCUUACAGCAGCUACAGCACGGCUAGCUCAAUGGCGUCUGGCUAUCCAGUUACAAGACCUUCCACAAACGCUUCCAGCACGUUUGGCCACCUUCCUACAAUUCCACAGAACCCACUGCUACAGAAUGGAGGACUAAGAUUGCGACCCGCUAGUGGCCUACAACUGUCUGUAAAAGCGCUCCCAAACAGUACAGGCUUGCAGCCAAGUAUCCCUAGGGAGAGACCUCCUCAGAUCCAUCGACUCAGCAGCUCUGAUUCGAAAGCCAUUGAGCAACUAAGAGCGCCGAGUCCAACCACACGCACAAGGAGAAACAGCUCUGGAGAACAUUUGCUGAGAGCUAGAAUGAAGCAAGCACACAUCCACAAGUUCCAGAAAGACCCCGCCGAGGCCCUCCCCCUCCCCCCACGAAGACCUCCGUCCUCGUCCGUUCAUACGAGACAGCUGAGUGGGGAGAUGCUCCCUCCGAUUGGCUUGCGAGACAGGCCGACCAAAGAGAGUGGUCUGCAACUAGCAGAGGAGGAUAUAAAUGAUGAAACUGACAGUGAGACGGACUCUGACCUUGAAGAUGAGUUAUUUUCAGAGGGUUCUGAGGCUCCACCCAGUCGACCUGGUUUCGAAUCCGAGGCGGAACAGAGUGGGCUCCUACUCAACAUCCCAUUCCCAGACGUGAACAAAUCCGUUCCAUUUCAAGCGACGCUCAUACAAGACCACGCCCACUUGGACACUGAGCGAUAUGCAGCUGGCACCAAUGCCUCAGGACUGAGUGGGCGUGUGGACAACAUUGUGAGGGCGCUCAGAAUACACGGUCCACUAGACAAAGAGUUGCUGCAGAAGGCGUUGAAUCAAGUGGCGAGUUUACAUUCGCUGUUGACGGCAUCUUUCCAGCGGACAAAGGACAGGCUGUACAUUCACACCAAUGCAGGGGGGGAAGUUUCUGUGAACUUGGACUCUCCGGUGGUCGGCCACGAACAUCCGGACGAUCUAAUUAUGAAUGCACGGAGAAAAAUAUUCAAUCUUCCAACGAGAAACGGCAUGGUACCGAGCACGGAUAAUAGCCAUCCCACUACGACUGAUGAUAUGACCAUGUCGGUGUUUAGUGUGACCAGUGUUACAAACGGUAGUGAUUCAAGUGAUGCCAGCAAGUCACCUGGCAUUGGGAGAGCUCUCGGUAAACGAGUGUCCUUUGCACCCUCUAACCCACCCCCUGAUAAACCAGCCCUACCGCCACAACUACCAAGUAUUGAUCAGUCAGCAAACGCUACUGAAGAAUCCUCACCGCUUCUUCUUCGAGCCAAGAUCAGCUCUAAAAGUUCUCAAGACCACAUUUUAGUGCUUUCAUUUCCGAGAAUUAUCUGUGACUAUUGGUCAUCUUGUCUCUUCAUAUACCAGCUGUCCGAUGCGUACUCCAAGCUAGAGAAGAGCUCAACAUACAGACCCAGUCAUGCGGCAACUAGAAUAGAAAACAGAAGACAAGCAGUCAUUAAAGCUCACGAUAAAAUAAGAAAUGGAGGCUCAACAAACAAGAGAAGAGAUGCAGCUAGCAGACUGUUACAGAAAAGAGCCCAAGGGAAACAGUUGUCAUUGCCAGGUGUCUAUACUCCUCAGUUUCCAGGCCGACUCAACUUCCAACAGGUAGCACAGAGAGAGAGCCAGCUGUUACUGAUGCUAUCUCGAGAGAAGCUCUGGACAUUUUGGGAGUCAAUGGUGACGGCCAUCAUUCGUAGACAGCGAGGUCCAAACAGAGUUAAAGUGGUCCCUCCGAUACGAAUCCCCUCAGGGCUUGGAGAGAAGUUGACCAGGACACGCCCCCAGACAUCACGGCUGAGACCACUAACUGCCUCACGAAACAGACCAGGGACGGCUAGGAGGGGAACUGGUGGUCUCCUUGGAGAUGUGUCGAGGGAAGCUCUCACUGGCCCUAAAACGAAGUUCCAUUGCCUCAAGAUUGAGGAGGCGGUGUGUGACCAGUUCAAACAAUCCCUACCAGAGCAGUACCUCCAUCUCUUGAAGGAGGAGGAGACUCUCUCUCUACUUUGUCUCGGUGCCUUUGCCCUCAUGCUCGGCAAGUGUUGUAGGGGGUGGGGCCUGGAGCAAGGGGGAGGGGCUAGUGAAACUCCACUAACUGACGACUCUAAAGCAGACUUCACAACCGUCAUCUCAGAAACGGUCAAACAAAGACAACAGCAUUUCCCUCGUGACCCGCUACAGAGGUACAAGAUGGCGGGUAGUUCCCGGGCCCACCAGCCAGUGGUCGUGCACACACAGAGCUCUCCGGGGGCAAUCAGGCAUGACAAGCGAGCAUCCAUAACUGGACGUCUGGAUCUGGGCUCGUUCCUAAUCGGAGUGGACGUUUCCCUGAGGCAUUCUGAGUCUCAGCAGACGCAAGGUCUCUUUGGCCCCCUCUCUAAUGAGGUUGGAGUACGUGUGAACCUUGACCCUAGGGAGACGUUUGCAGAUCUGAUUCUGUCGUUAUGGCGAUCCACGCUGUUGGCACGGAAACACGGACACUUUCCUUUUUCUACAAUCGCAGAAGAGGUUGGUUUGAUUCGCGGCCUCCCUGUCAAGUUCUCUUACUACUAUCAUCGCGACAUCGUGCAACUGACGAAUCCAAAUGAUUUCUACUUUCCGGAGACGGCCAUGGGGGUCGAAGGUCAGGGGCUGGCAAGGUUUGGCUCCACCUGCUACCUCACACCCCUCAACGGGAAGAUGGACGACAGUUGUCAUAUGGAGCUGCUGCUCUGGGAAAGUUACGAUAGUGACUACGUGAUCGGAGGUAUCCGUUACCAACCACACAUCAUCAAGACAGAGCUAGUCGAGUCAUUUGCCAGAGAGCUAUGUCGUCUAGUGGCAGCCAUUGCCAAGGACCCGUGCAAGUCUGCACUCAAGUUUGCUCAAGAAAUCCACCCUCCAUUCUUAAACUCAGGACGUAGUAGAAAGUAUGGUAGAAGCUAUAGAAAACCUACAGCUGGUCUGUAGCAUAAUAAUUAUUAUUAUUGUUGUGUUUUAAUUUAUGUCUCAAUUCAGUUUUUCCAUCAUUUAUAUUGUUAUAAUUUC